GUAACCUACUUGUUUCACUGAUUGAACAGCUGAAGAUUUCGUCAUACCUAAAAACUAUAAAACGCUUGAAAAUUGAUUAAACAUCUUUUGGGAUUAAUAUUAAUAUAUAAUCUUACUUAUUUGGAUGAACAUAUGAUAUCAUUUUAUCGACGAUUAUGACCUCGCGUAUCGCUGCAUCCGCGACUGUUCGGGCUGUCAAAGGGAAAAAAACUAUACCAACUCGUGCUGCUCUCAUUUUGACUCAAAACGCUGUGAAGAAAAUUAAAGAAAUUUUGAAAGAUAAGAAUGAGCACAUUGGGCUGAAAGUUGGUGUACGACAACGGGGCUGCAAUGGUUUAAGUUAUACUCUCGAAUAUGCGAGUGAGAAGAGUCAACUCGAUGAAGAAGUUAUCCAAGACGGUGUCAGAGUAAUAAUUGAUCGAAAAGCACAACUCUCGUUACUAGGUACUGAGAUGGAUUACAUCGAAGGAAAGUUAAGCUCUGAAUUUGUUUUCAAUAAUCCGAAUAUCAAAGGGACAUGCGGAUGUGGAGAAAGUUUCUCUGUUUAGUCGGAGUGGGUGUAUUGUAGAUAAACUGGAAUCACAUUUGUUCACGAAAUAGCAUAGUGUAUGAUUCCCACCGAUCACAUAAAGAAUUAAAAAUCUGUGAGUUUCAAUUAGUUA